UGGUUAUUUAUAUGCAUGGAGGUUAGGUUGUGGCUAGAGUUUCAGCAGCUUGCUGAACCAUUGGUCUGGAGUGGGACUCCGUUCCAAUUUCAUAAAGAGAAAUGCAGAGUUUUGCUGACCCAUCAUAGAAACCCAUUAAAACCCUCAGAGCAUUUCAGUUGCCUGUCCCAGUCCCAAGCGUGUGUCCUGCUUGAUCGCCAGCUUUCUUUAAUAGACCCCUUUGGAAAGAAACAAGAGUCUAAGAUGUCUGAGAAAAAAAUGUCAUCGAGUCGCAAGCAUCAUCUGAAGAGCGUGAUGCUCCAGAUUGCUAAGGACUUGCUAGAGGCAGAGGCCAUAGAGGUAGUGGAAGAGAAAAAAAGGUACAUGAAUGAGAACUGCCCCGCAUUGGACCUGCCUGGGUCAUUGGGGGAACUGCAGGAAAUGUGCAAGACAAUCCAUCACCAGCUUGAUAAAGUGGAUGAGGAGAGAUACGACCUGGCAGGCAAAGUGGGCAAGUGUGACAAAGAGAUUGAUGAUUUGAGGAUUAAAGUGGUUGAGCUCCAGGGCAUUAAGAAGCCAGCUCUGAAGAAAGUGCGUAUGUCUGCUGAUGCUAUGCUCCAGGCUCUGCUGGGCUCCAAGCACAAGGUGACCAUGGAUCUGAGAUCCAACCUGAAACAAGUGAAGAAGGAAGUCAAAGAGGAUGAAAAAGAUACAGUUGGAGACUGGCGUAAGAACAUUGACGACAAGGCCGGCAUGGACGGCAGGAAGAAGAUGUUUGAGGCCGCAUAAACGCUAUGGCAAGACCAUUUCACCUGCUUUUCUCUGUGUCUUAAUAAAUCAGUUGUCAGCCAUGGCCGUCUUUUGUGUUGGAUAUAUAAGGUGGUAUUGUGGUUAAGUCAGAGGUGGAUUUGUAUGAUCUUGUUAUCGAUUUCACUGAUUCCUUUUUGUCCAUAUACGCCAGACCCAGGUAAUUACCUUACAGCAACUUGAACACAUUUUGAAAAGCACUUACUGUAUAUGAAAUAAAUAUUUCAACAUUUA